UUGAGUUGUAACAUGUCAUCCAAUUGUACUUUAGGAAAUAUUUAUCAUACACAAUGUACAAUUAAUAGUACAGCAACAAAUUGUGAUGGUGAUACAAGUUUUGCAAAGACUUAUUAUUGUAAAUAUUGUUGGCAAUUAAUUGAAAAUGUUCAUUAUAUUUGUGAUUAUAAACCAUCACAAACUGGACUCCAAUCAGGCCAAGAUACAACUAUUGUAAAUUGUAAAGUGAAUAGAAAUAUUAUUUGUUUAGGAAAUAGAUCCUUCUCAAAAGUAUCCCAAGUGAAUUAUAGUACUGGAAAGAAAUGGUCAUCUACUUUUGUAUUUUCCCUAUUUUUAUCUGGAUUUUCUGCUGAUAGAUUUUAUUUGGGUCAUGCUGGUUGGGGAGUUUUCAAAUUAUUUACACUAGGUGGUGUUGGGUUGUGGGCAAUAGUUGAUCUAGUUCUUGUGAGUGUUGGUUAUUUAGGUCCUGGUGAUGGUUCAAUAUAUUUUGGAUAA